GAAGUGCACGUUUUCUGCUUCCUGUGACUGUUUGCUUUCACUUUUUGUUCCUCCACACAGUGUGGUUAUUGUAUGUGGCUCUGUCGCACACGAGCAGAAGAUGGAUGAGAAGAGCUCUGAUGCAGGCAGUGUUGCUGUGCAUCCCGCCAAUGUUCCUCCGCCUUUGAGGCCAGGCGAGACUUUCCACGUCUUCAUCAGCUACAGCAGCACCGACUACCAGUGGACGCAUGCUCUCAUAGAGCAGCUGGAAGCUCACGGCCUUCACAUCUGCUACCAUGAGCGUGACUUCACGGCGGGCCGAACAGUGCUGGAGAACAUAUCCGAGGGCAUCCAGGAGAGCCAGAAAGUCUUGCUGGUCCUCAGCUCGGAUUUCGUGAGGAGCCGCUGGUGUCUCCUGGAGGCCAACAUGUCUCUGUUCAGAGACUGCCUGGAGAGAAAGCCUCUUGUCCCUGUGCUUUUGGAGCCAGGGGUCACCGUCCCGCUCCAUCUGUGCCACCUCACCUACUUGGAGGCUCGCGACCCGGAGUUUGUGGCCAAGUUGCUGAAGGUGCUCUGCACCCCUAACCGGCAGCUCCAAGGCUCCAAGUUGGUUCCCAACCAACCUCCGUCCAUCUACAACGGGAUGGCACUGCAGCCUUUAACUGCUGCUAACGUGGAAAGUCUUGACAAGUGGGAUGCGGGGCAAUUCAGUAACAUGGACCUACCGGACCAACUGCGCUUGAUCAUUGUGAACCAAGAGAAGUACAGGGAGGCCAUUGACAUCAUCAACAGUGUGUCUUUAGAUAAAGUAUGGCUGCGUCCACUCUGGAUUAGAGCUAUUCUCGAUAUUUAUGGUUUAUUAGCAAUGAUUUUACUUAUUGCAAUUUCUGUGUUAAUAUAUGGAAAAGUAGAAAACUCAAUUUUACCCGAUACACCUGAAGGCAGUCCCAUACUUAUUGUAAUCUUGCUAUGUUUGCUCUCCGUUCCAUUUGGCUUUGUCAUUCAACUUGGUCUUUGGAGGAAGGACGACGAAAAGUAUGUCGUGAGGGAGAUGCAAAAAGCUGCGGGUCAGGCCAAUAGAAUUCUCUGUGACGAAAAGCUUGUGAUGGGCUUUCGGUGCAAUUCCAUUAUGUAUCUGGUUUAUGUUUCUCUGGAAGGUUGCAAAGGGGAGUUUGCGGUGACAUUCAAGCAUUCAGCCAGCACGGAGGCGCUCUUUAAAAAAGCUCUAUUUUGGUUCUCGUCGGAGUACGCUUGCUGCCUUGCGAAAAAGCACUUCCCCUUUGCUCAGUCGUGCCCCCACCCAGGUCACCUGGAGGGAGGCGUGUGUUUUUGCCAGUAUGUCUGCCAGCAACUGAGCAAAGGGGAGUGGAAGUGAGAAGACUGCACACUUUGAAGCAUCAUUUUCAUUGCUUCUUCUGAACUCGUUCGCUGCUAUUGACAGUGAUAGACAUCACAUCAAAAAAUAGAAAUGGAUGUAGAUUAUGGCGCAAGUACAGCUGUAAAGCCAGAGUUAUGCUUCUGCGUUGCGGUGACGGCGAAGCUACUACGGCAUCAAUGAACAUUCGAUAGUUCUGCGUGUAACACCUUAGAAGUGAUUACUGUCAAAUUAAUUAUGGACUAGUGCUAAAUUCGGUUACUGAAACAGUAAUUUGCAUAAACGAAAUAAAUGACUCAGACAAAUAAUGGUUUUGAACUGCCGACCUAUUUUAUAUACAGAGUGACCCAAAAAAAAGUUUACACUGCCAUAAUACAACUUAAAUGCCAUGUUUAUUCAUCUUAGAAUUAGAAUUUAAUCACAAAUUAUACAUUAUUGUAAAGAACAUGUACAGUACACUCUAUUUUUCAAUGUGUCCUCCCUUAAGUGUCACAACAGCCUCCAGGCGCCUGCAGAACGCUUGACAGGUCUUCUUUAUUUAGGAUGCUGUCAUCUUUUCCCAAGAUCUAAUAAUGGACCUCUCCAAGGCUGCCACAGAAGUUUGUGGCUUCUCACAGGCACUGUCCUCCACAGUUGCCCAUAUGCUAUAAUCCAGGGGAUUGAGAUCUGGACUCCGGGGUGGCCACAUAUCACCUUGUCAAUCAACUUUUUGGUCCGCACAGAUCGGCACUUCCAGACCCAGGUUUUCGUGAGGCUGUUCCAGUAUCUUUCAGCUUCUUUUUAACGUUGCAGACUGCACAUCUGGAUAUUCUCAGAUUUGCUGCAAUCUCAGUAGGUGUCAGACCGGCACGCAGCAAUUCAGGUACAGCUAAAGUUUUCUUCAUUUUCAGCAGAAGCACAGGAAUUGUAGAGACGAGAGAUUACCAGCUGCAUUGAGUGACCUUAAUGAAUCACUUAAGCAUGACAACCUAUUUAGAUAUGUUUCAAUGGCUUUUAAACAAGCAGUCAACUGAGUGUAAACUUUUUUUUUGGGUCACCCUGUAUGGCGGAACACACAGACAAGACUGAAAAAGCAGUUUCUGCUCUUGCACACCUCUUUAAAAGAAACUGCUGUAUUUUAAGCCAAAACAACUGUUGUGUUCGAUAGAACAAUAUGUCUAUAUGCUGCCAUAGCAGAUUAAUGGCGCAUUAAGCCCCCAAACUAUAUUUAAUAUGUCCGUUAUACCCUGAAAACCCCUGUUUACAGACAUCGCGCAACAGCUUUUGUUUCAACCCAGCCAUAAAACGAAGGUAAUUAAUCAUAUUUAUUAUUCAAAAUGUCUGUAAUUUUUUGCUUAGAAUCAUUAACUGAUGUCUAAUAUUUCGUGUUUUUUUUCAGAUUUCUAAUUUUUCAGAUUUCUAAUUUUCUUUUUCAUCAAUUGAUUUCUUCAACUUCCUCAGUUUUAUAGACGUUUAGUUUCUAUUUUGAGUUUCAAUAUUCAAAUUUCCCCAUCAAAUGUUUUGCUUUUGUUGAUCAACAAAAUUUCUAUGUCAAUAACACUUAAAGAGCAUAUGACACCAGAAAAAAGUCUUAAAUGGCAUUAUUAUGUGAAUUAGAAUCAUAUUUUGAGACGAUUCGACUAUAUACAACAAUUUAGCAAAGCGCAGAUGACGAGAAAUUAGUCUUUUAAUCUGCCGGUUAGCCACGCCUACCAUUAUAGGGCUUUAGCGUCCCCAACAGGUGGAUGACGUCAGCGGUAGACUAGGCUCAUCGGUUUUACUAUUCAGCCCAUUGAGGGGGAAUUGUUCAGAACGAGGAAAACGCGACGAAGAGAGCUGCAAAAUGUCAUUGUUUCAGUCUCUCUACUCCCAAUAUUUUUACAGGAUAUUCUUUUUAUCCAAGUAUUUUUCCCCAAUAGCUAUAUAAAUGGCUUGAGAAGGACCAGUCAGCCCGUCGAGGGGGAACUAUUCACAAUGAGGAAAACGCGACGAAGAGAGCGGCAAAAUGUCAUUGUUUCUGUCUCUUUACUUCAAUAUUUUUACAGGAUAUUCUUUUUACCCAAGUACUUUCCCCAAAUGCUAAAUAAAUGGCAUGGUCAUGACAAAUAACAAUCUUGUGCUAAAUGGAAUAUAAAAUAAUAAAAAUCCAUUUAUUCAAGACGAAAUGGCAAAAUUACUCCAUAAUGGUCAAAACAGUCGACUUCACCUUUACUGUUACACCUCCCGAACGAUAUUUUAUGACACCUAAAUCGGACAUAUGUAAUUUCCCUUCCCCGGCUUCGGAGAAUGUAAACAGACCAGAAGGAGUGACAGCUAGCCGACAUGCUAACCCGAACCGAGGGAUGUUUCAAAGUCUUCGAAGUGGAAAAUCACACAUAACUAGCCUGGAUUAUUUGACAUGACGACCCGGUUGUCGAGUUUCUUUGCGGAUCGGCAAACCGCCCGGCGGAGAGCAAUUUACAGUUCGUUCCCUGGAGGAGGGUGGCUGGAGUUGUUGUGUAGCUAACGCGCUAACAGCUAACUGCUAAUGAGCAUGAGGAUAGCUUUUUACAUGCCUAUCAAUGAUCAAACGUAAGUAGUCCUUUAAUUAAAGGAAUUUUAUAGUGUUUACUUUGUAAUCACUGUAUUCGUAUUUGACAUAAUACAAAACAAGAUGUUUACUCACUUCCUUGUAAGUCCAAUGGUCCCACAGUAAAUAUCCACGGUGAAUGGGAACCUUUUGAAACUCCAAAAAGGCGCAUACGCCUCUCCCGCAUACAGAAUGAUUUUUCUGCAGCCGUUUGGCUGGCGUGAUGCAAAAAAUAAAAGUAUUAAUCCGCAAAAUCAGCUGAAUCCUUCGUCCUCAUACACAACAGUACACUGUAUAGUGAAGAGAACGUCUUCUACCGUACACGUCACAGCGCCCUCCUCCUCAAUGCAAGACCGAAGCCGGAAGUCACUCAUUUUCAUGGCGCGGGAUUCAAAAAACUAAAUAAAUAUAGCGAUCGCUUCCACACACAUCCAAGCGGUCCAUAUCAUUCAGGGGCAUAAAAUACCGCGUGUAUUAUGAAAUAAACAUGCUUUUUCGUGUCACAGGCACUUUAAAGUUUUUAAGACAGAUUCAUAAAAAAUAAAAUUGACAAAAAAUAGUAAACUCAAAACAAUUCAGCAUAAGGCUGAACGGCACCAGUAGAAAGGAGUCUAUUUGGUCGCUGUCUUUCUGGCUGUAUACAGUAAUUUCUGGCUGUUUUCUAUUGAUCCAGAGAGGGGAAAAAAUCCUCCGCUGGGCAACAUAAAAAUAUGGUGAAUCCUACCAGGUUAAAGGAUGUAAAACUAACGUCGUGCGUGCGUUUCGCUCCUGCGUGAGGCACAGUUCAAUGGAUCGGCUUUGGUUAGCUCGCCAUCUUGUCUCUCGGUUGGAAUCUUUCUCUCCAACAAUUGUUCAGUCACUUCUGAAUCAAGCUUUAAUAGCCAAUCAAAUUUACAAAAAUACAUAAAUAAAUAAAGUAAUUCGCACGCGAAAGAUCUCUAAGUACGGUUAAAAUUAAAGUUAUCGUCGAGUGAAGUCAAAAAUAGUGCAUUGACGCACGUUAAAAACCAAAAGCGCAGGUGGCUAGGCUAGACAAAAAGGCGACGUCAUACAUUCAAUUAAACACCAAUUCUCGGUUUAUCGUGCGACAUUUAUAUCAUGAAUCAAACACUUUUAACAUACACUGACUAGUAUAAUAUGAACUAAAUAUUCACCAAAUAUAAUAAAGUAAAAUUUCGAACUCACCAAGUCCCUUUCAGCAAGCAGUUUUGUCACGAAGAUGAACAUUGCUUGUGAAUAACCCAAAAAUACACCUUUCACAGUUAAAAGUAACGUUUUAGUGUCCUAAUUUCUAUCAGAUUUUAAAACUUUACAGCAGUAACACUAAAUAGACUCACCGCUUUCCUUCCUCAGUCAAGAAUGAGCAACAGCGAUGAAGUGCACAUUCUACGAGUUAGUGCAUUUCGCCAAUUGAGAUUUUCAAAAUGGAAAAUUUUAACUUUUUAUUUCUUUUCAACUAAAUAAUUCAUUGCAUGCUGAUUAUAUAAUGUUUUAAAUCUUUUGUUGUUGUUGUUUUAACCAAAGAAUUAUUUUUACAUUUUUUAUUUUAAUGUUUAAACAAUGUAAUCUUUUAAUGGUUGUCUUUCACUUGCUCUUAUUUGGUGAGACAAUGUUAACCUGGGUUACAUGCGACAAGGAAAUGCGUUGAUCUGUAAUUCACCGCCAAGCCACUAGAGGGGUGUGGCGUUGUGUUUGUACCGUUUGGGGGGACUCUUGUCGACUUCUUCUAGUUUUGGUCCAGUUACACAAUAAUGCCAACUUUAAUGGAACGCUUGAAUGUGGAUCCUCAGCUCAUCAACAUUGAACAACAAAUGUUGAUCAUACUGUAAUGUCUGUAACUAUGCGGGGGUCCUUAAAGAGGCGAUCAGACAGGGGAGCGGUGACGUGGCGGGAAGUGAAAAGAACGGGAGGAAGUGAAAGUUAGCGGUCGCAUGUUGCGGCAGAGCGCUAUUAUUUUGUUAUUUAUUUUAUUGUUACCACAAUAAAGUGGGGAAAGCCAUCAGUCUCCUCUCCUUCUUCCCCCCAUCUGUUAGGCACUCUCAAUCAGCGAUGAUGUAUCAAGUGUGUGAACUGUUGUUGAAAAUUAAACAUCAAAACAACUCUUUUGACACCAAACCUGUGCUUUAUUCUUCAUUGACUUGAAGUGUGAAAUGUAAAUAAGUCACAGACUCACAGCAAACAUAUGUACACAAUAAAUGAUGAAAAGCACCAACCAAAAAUACGACAAAGUGAUAAAAAGCUGGCAGUGUUUGGCCGACUUCAGGUGGCCAUUCGCUUCCGAACACACAUACUUGUCUCGGUGGUUCUUCUUUUUAUGCAACCCUUUGGUUUGGUUUGUGACUUUGCCCUUUGGCAAUCUUUAUAAUGUCUUGACGAGACAUUGUAGAAGUUGUCGUACUUACUCUUCGAUGAUACUCUCAUCGGCUUGGUCCAUUUUUGCGUGUAGCAAAACAAUGUUUGAAAAUGACGGGGAUUUCGCGCUGAACCGUAAACAACAGUCUGAGCGGUCCAAUCACAGUCCAUUUGCGCCACGUCACCAAGCGUUGACACGUCGACCAGUCAGAAAAUUGUGGAGAUGCACGUCAGGCUACGACGAAGGGUUGUAAAUUGGGUCUGCCUUAGCAGUGUAGGUCUGCCGCAGAAACAUAAGUCAGCCUUAACUAGAGUCACUUGGGUCAAAUUUUAGUGCACCAGGGAAACAAAAAUCCAAAAUCUGGACCAUGUUGGGGUUUUUUACAAGACAGACAACUCAAUUGUGCAUAGUAGCUAUUGAUUUUAUCAUACUGCUUCCAAAAGUAAUCAAUUUACAAUCGAACCAAUAUGAUUUCAAGAUAUCACCUUUGUAUCAAAUUGCAAUCCUUCAAUCUAGAAAGAUUCGCAAACCUAACUACAGUACAAUACAGUGAUUCCUUUCGGGUUGAAGGAUUGUUACUACUAUUCGUAUAGUAAACAGGUCAUUAGUCCUAAUUCCUGACUGCACAAGGACUGCUUGAACCCUCACUGUGCCCUGUCAAACUCAUUAUGUCCUGUUUUGCCUUUUAUUAUA